AUGUCUUCAGCUGUAGCGGAACUGGAGAAUUAUCUCCAGUCCAUGCUGGCCUUGAAACCUCCUGGCGUAUCAGGCUCGAAGAUUCUCAGCAUUACUACCUUAUGCACAGCCAACGUCCAGAAUGAAUCUGUUCUUAUUCAAAAGAUCUACACACACUUCAAAAAGGCACCGGGCACCCACAAGCUUGGCGUACUCUAUGUCGUAGACUCUGUAACCCGACAGUGGGUAGAAGCUGCACGCAAAGCUGGUCAACCUCCAGGAAACUCUGCUCCGGAUGGAACCUUUGCCGCUGGUGUUAACCGAGUCACCGAACUAUUGCCCGUCUUGAUGGGUGAUAUUAUAAACACCUCCCCCCAGGACCAAAAGGAAAAAAUCAAAAAACUUAUCGACAUCUGGGAGCGCGGAUGCACAUUCCCUCUCCCCCUGCUUGCGUCAAUCCGUGACAAACUGCACACUCCUCAGAAUAUUGAGUCAACAACUCCUGAAGGGUCCCCCGCCCCCGCCUCCAACCCAAUGGCAGCGAAUAGUAACUCAACUGCUGCGCCAGAUACCUCGAGUAUCUUGAAAGCAUUGGCCGACAUGGCCAAACAGAACACCACCAACCCGGCAGCCUCAUCAUCAGCGAACCCUCUAGCAUCCUUGAACCCCUCUGCCCCGUUGCCUAUCUCGUCUGUCGAUGCCUCCAUCCCCCCUCCGGCUCCAACCCAAUUCGCCGCCCAAAAUGCCAUGAACCCUUACGCUACUCUCAGCGCCCUCGGUCAGAAUCCUGCCUUAACCCAGCCGCAAACCCAUAGCCCAACUCCGAAUCCGAUGGCCCAGAACCCAAUGGCAGCUAUGCUCCCUCAGUCGGCUGCUCCGGCCAUGCCCGAUGGAGGUGCAAUGGCACAGCAGCUUCAGCUGCUUCAGAUGCUUGCUGCUCAGGGUAUUCCUCAAGAUCAGUGGGCUACCGCUCUGCAGAUCUUCACAAUGACCAACAUGGGCGCAAAUCCAGCUCAGCCUGGUUUCAACAACGCCAUGCCUGGGAUGCCUGGGAUGCCUCCGAUGCCCGGUAUGCCUCCUAUGCCUGGAAUGCCCGGUAUGCCUGGUAUGCCCGGUAUGCCCGCAUGGGGCCCCCAGGAAAAUCAAAACCGGGACGACCGUGAUCGUGAUCGUCAAUACGACCGUUCCCCGACGGGUUAUCGCCGCCGCUCACGCUCUCCCGGUGCUGGCUGGGACCGACGCCGCACAGCCUCCCCUCCUCGUCGUCGUGAUAGCCCUGUCUAUGGCGAGUACCAUGGCGAAUCGCCUGGUCGUCGAGGUGACCCCCGAGAUGCCCGUGGUCGUCGAGGCAAUGAGUACCGCCAGCGCAGCCCGACUGGACGCAGACGCCGUUCGCCCUCACCUCCCCGUAACGACCCCAACCUCCCACCUCCGGGUCCUAAGCUCAUUGAAUGGGACUACUCAAUUGGUCAAAACAUGAUGAAGGUCCUGAGCCGUACCCUUUUCGUUGGCGGUGUCACCUCCUCCGAAGCUAAUCUGCGUGCCCUGUUUGGCAAAUUCGGUAACGUUCAAACCUGCAUCGUCAACGUCGAUAAGCGCCAUGCAUUCAUCAAGAUGGUGACUCGCCAGGAUGCCAUCGCUGCACGUGACGGAAUGGAGUCCUACCGCGCGGGUGAGAUGCAACUGCGUACCCGGUGGGGUGUUGGCUUCGGUCCCCGUGAUUGCAGCGAUUACCAGACCGGUGUUAGUAUUAUCCCGAUUGAACGUUUGACUGAGGCAGACCGCAAGUGGAUGCUUACUGCAGAGUACGGUGGCACUGGUGGCCGUCCCAUUGAAUCUGGCAUGGUGGUGGAGGAGCCUGAUAUUGAGAUCGGAGCGGGUGUCUCUUCCAAAGCAAUCAGCCGUCGUAUCGCAACCGACACCGGUGGCAAGCGAGGCCCAAUUUCAACUCGCAUCCAAAGUGACCGCUUUACCCAGCGCCGUCCUGAGCGCGAUGGAUUUAGUGCUGGUGGAGGUGCUCCUCAUAACUCUGGCCCUCCUCAAGGUGACCGUGGCGACAUGAACGGUAUAAACAACAUGAACAACCCCGGCGUUCCCCCUGCCGUCCCUUCGUAUGGGUACAGCUUUGCCAACAUGCCCAUGCUUCCGCCUGGGUUCAUGAUGGGUGGUCAAGGCUCUAUGCCUACUUCUCAAGCCCCGGCCCCGGGCCAGGGCCAGGGCGAGUAA